GCCCCCGCUGCCCGGCCAUGCCCUAAGCCCGGUGCCCGGUCCCGCUCGCCCGCCGAGGGACGCGCAAAGCUCGGGGACAGCCGGCAGCGAUGGCACCCCCGUCCCCGUGCCCCGCCCGCCCCUGAGGGCGGCUGCUGCCGGGAUGUUCAGCUGGCACCGGAGCUUCACCCUGGGAGCGCCCUGGAGAGCAGGUAAGAAGAGCCCACCUGCUGAGGACAAAGUUGUGUUAACACACAUGAAGAUAUUGAGCAAUGAAGGAAUUCAAAACCCAGGGUUAAUCCCAGAGGCUCCAGCUGACACAGCCUGCACAGAAGAGUCCCAUCUUCCCGGCGCCAGCCUCCCACCAGACUGCUUGGAAAAUCCAAAUGCAGCAGCCGCACCGGCAGAUCCAAACUGUGCAGAUGGCCCGGCAAGCACUGACUACGUACCCACCCUGCCUGACCUCAGCGCCUUUGAGUCCAAGUGCCGGCUUCAUAGAUUCUCCAAAUUUGAAUCUGAGGACUCAGGGGUUGAAUUGCCAAGUGGGGCUAAUUCUCCAUCGACACCGACUGGCUCAGAGAAGAGCUUUGUGCUUCACAGCAGAGACUCAUUUUGUGACUCGGGUGUGCUUAGCACCUCUUCUUCUCCAGAAAUUGACCAUCAGCUAAUGAGAACAUGUAAAGAACAUGCCAGAAAAGUGAGCCUCCAAGAUCCAGAGAGCAAAAACCAAGAUGAUUACUACAGCCAGGAGGCAGAUGCUGUGCAGGGUCCUACAGCUUCCCUUGAAGACUUCAGCGUCCCUCAGGAAGAAAAUCCUGAUUUUGACCAGAGUGACAAGCAGUUUCCAGAAAAGGAACCUACCCCAGAGAUGGACCUUUCCAGGGAAAGCACUCUUUCCACCCCAGGUCCCAUAGAAGAGCCAAAGACAAUUGCUGACAAUUUCCCAGAGAAUUUUGGCAGCGUGCAAGACCUUCAGAUCCAUGAACAUCCGCUGAAGAAGUACCCCACAAGUGACAGUCUGAAUGAAUACAUGGAUGAAUGCUGUAGACUGAGUGAGGUGAACCAAGGUAACAGCAAAGCCCUGGGAUCUGGUCUGGGAUACCUAGAACACAUUUGCCAACUGAUUGAAAAGAUUGGGCAGCUGCAGGAGCACAACCUGCGUCUCCAAAAACAGGUGUGCAGCUUGCAGAAAGAGCAGAAGAUGUGCCAGUUAAAAGAGGAAUACCUUCUGCAGCAUUGCUCCUGUGGAGCUGCCAGCAUCUUCCUCAGCUCACAUCAAGACAUUAAAACAAUGUUUGCUGGGAGGAGCAGACCUCACAGCCUCUUGGUUCAGACUGGAAACCCAUCUGAUCUUUCCAUCAUUCCAGAAAUAGGAGCGAACACUGAAAAGCUGAGCAGCUGCAAUGGAAGCGAGAGAGACUCGGAAUCAGGAAAGAGCCAGUUGAUGGUGGGGCUCAGGAAGUCAUCAAACAACAGGAACAAGGAGAAUGAGUUCAGAGAAGCUGGCAGUAUGGCUGAGGGACAGGCUUUUCCGUCAAAGGACCCUUCAGUAAGAAAGGGUCUGGAUGUCAGCAAGAACAUCUCGGGUGAGAGCCAUGCUUGGGGGAGAAUGAGAGAUCUUAUGAGAAAGACACGGUUGAGAAAUCAGAACAAGCUGGGACUGACCUCUGCUGCUCUGAAGAGGUCCUGCCCACAGUUGUACAGGCCAGAUAUUAUGUCUUCGGAGCUGAAGAAAACUGAGAGGAACUCCAUGAUCAUUCUGGGACAAAAUACAAAGAAUGAAAACAUGUGGCCUUUCUGAUAACACGAGUCAAAUGGAACAAGAAAGGCAACAUGAGAACACCAAAGGACACAAAACCAAGAACUCCAGGGUUACUUUGUGCAAUCUGCAUCCUACAGUUGUCAACAGAGCAACUCUGAUUUGAGCAUGGAAAGGGAAAGAGGGAAGGGGGAGGUUGAGAAGGGUCUGUGGGCAGAGGCAUCCUCAGCUAUGUUUGGCUUCGCUCCUGAACUUGAAGUGUAUUUACAAAAGUCAUGGAUGAAAAUUUCUAUUAGCAUCAUAGCAACAUAACCAACAGAGACUUUUAAGACUCAGAAAUUCUUCCUCCAGUCUGGGUUAGGAACAGAACUACCUGAAACACUGAAGCUUUUAAACUGUCAUUGCUUUCUGGGGACUUUCUCCAGGUGAAAUAAAUGUAAGCUUUAUGGGACACAGCAUCAUCUAAAGGAGUGCCAGGGAUUCCUUGCCCAGUGCAGAAGUGGCUGCUGAAAGGAGAGCCUCCUCCUUCUGGGGGUCUGAGUUGCAGUCUCUGCUUGUCCCCAGCACAGCUCCUCCCUUCAGAGCAGCAUAUGGCCAGCUGUGCCAUUUUGCUUGAAUCCAACAGGAAAACCAAGUGUGUAAAGCUGAAGUCAUUCCUUAAUCCAGGACUAGCUUCCCAUCCUGUGAGCCUACUCCUUCUGCAGGGGCCCCCAGACUCCAGUACUACCCUACACAGAAGCUGGCAUUGUGCAUGCUCAUUGUAGAGACCAGAGUGAGAGGUAAUGCAGGAAUCAGCCUUUCCAGAGACUGCAGGGCACACCCAGGGCAAUGCCUCUGCUUCACUGGGCAGCCCAACUCUUGUGCUACCAGUCUUUUAAUUUUUCUUUCCUUUUUUUUUUUUU